AUGGAUAGCCAACCAUGCAAUCCAAUUUUUACAUGGGAAACUUCCGAAUGGAGAAACGUUGGUGGUUGCAAAAGAGGUGGUAAGUUUAGAACAGGACCAAGAAGAUGCAAAUUUGAAAGAAAUUUAUUCUGCAAAAAGUGUGGAGUUAAUGCACCAAAAUAUGAAUGUGAAGGUUUUGCUGGAGAAAAACCAUCUACCAAUAAGCGAGAUCGAGUAUAA